ACUCAGAUUUAUAUAUUUUUUUUGUAUUAAGUUAUCUUAAUUGGUUGCAAAAUAGUGCUCUUUGUCUUUCUCUUUAUAUAACUAUGAACUACUGCAGGCAGGAGAUGCAUGAUGUCCACCAUACCAGAGAUAGUAAUUUCCUGGUGCAGCCAAUUGACUACUACAUGCACACAGAUGAGAGCCAGGGUUACAACAGUUGUGAUGCGCAGAUUCUUCAUAAUAAUGCAUUUAUGGAACAGGCCUGGGUAACAAAUCAGCCUUAUAUCUCUAGUUACCCUGGAAACGUGUUGAAAAGUGAGUUCUGUAACAUGGACAUGGCCUUGAAUCACUAUCAGCAGACAGAGUAUUUCUCAGAUGGAAAAGCUGAUUUUUCUCACAUUCAGUGGACACCAGGGUCACCAAAAAAAGGGUACAUACCAAGUUAUUUGGAGAAGGAUGAGUUGUGUGUUGUGUGUGGUGAUAAAGCCACUGGGUAUCACUAUCGCUGUAUCACCUGUGAAGGCUGCAAGGGAUUUUUCCGGAGAACUAUCCAGAAAAACCUCCAUCCAUCUUACGCCUGCAAAUACGAGGGAAAAUGCGUAAUAGACAAAGUCACAAGGAACCAGUGCCAGGAAUGCCGUUUCAAAAAAUGCAUUGCAGUUGGCAUGGCAACAGACUUGGUUUUGGAUGACGGCAAGAGGUUAGCAAAGCGAAAGCUGAUAGAGGAAAACAGGGAGCGAAAACGCCGUGAUGAGAUGCAGAAAACCGUUUGGAGCAAGCCUGAUCCCAGCCAGGAGGAGUGGGACCUGAUCCGAGUGGUGACAGAAGCACACGUGACCACGAACGCGCAAGGAAGCCACUGGAAACAGAAACGGAAAUUUCUGCCCGAGGACAUUGGGCAGGCUCCAAUAGUGAAUGCACCAGAAGGAAGCAAAGUGGACAUAGAAGCCUUCAGUCAGUUUACAAAAAUCAUCACACCCGCAAUCACACGGGUGGUGGACUUUGCCAAAAAGCUGCCUGUGUUCUGCGAGCUGCCAUGUGAAGACCAGAUAAUCCUUCUGAAAGGCUGCUGUAUGGAAAUCAUGUCCCUCCGAGCAGCUGUGCGCUAUGACCCAGAGAGUGAGACGUUAACCCUCAAUGGGGAGAUGGCUGUGACCAGGGGGCAGCUAAAAAAUGGAGGCCUUGGCGUAGUGUCGGAUGCUAUCUUUGACCUAGGCGUGUCUCUCUCUUCUUUUAACCUGGACGAUUCAGAGGUUGCUUUGCUUCAAGCUGUAAUUCUGAUGUCUUCAGAUCGGCCUGGUCUAGCAAGUGUGGAGAGAAUUGAAAAAUUCCAAGAACAAUUUCUUCUGGCAUUUGAGCACUACAUAAACUAUCGCAAACACAAUGUCUCUCACUUCUGGCCCAAACUCUUGAUGAAGGUGACAGACCUGCGCAUGAUCGGAGCGUGCCAUGCCAGCAGGUUCCUGCACAUGAAGGUGGAGUGCCCUACGGAACUCUUCCCUCCACUCUUUCUGGAAGUGUUCGAGGACUGAGAACAAGUGGAAUAAAGAAAUGUCUGCUUUGCGAUAACCUUUCUAAACUGCUUUUAGCACUACUGAAUGUUAUUUCUUUCCAUAGUGUAGGAUAGUUUCUGUCAAGACAUGGAUGAAAACAUUCCUUCAAUGCGGGUACAUGUGAAUAUAGAGUUUCUCUUGUAUAGUAUUUGUUGCUAAGUAAUUGUGUUUUUUUUGGUUUUGUUUUGUUUUUUUUUUGGUUUUGUAUGGUCUUUUAAUAGUAAUUGUCGUCAUGUAUGUGGUCAUCAGAAAAAGCUGAAAAUUAAAUUGUUGGCAUAUGGUUUGUAAAUUACUAGUACAUACCCACAAAUUGUGCAGAUGUAUUUAAUAUGUCAAUCUGCCCUAUCAUUCCACUACCAUUCAACCCUUAAUCACACUCAAAAACCUUUCCUGUUUGCACAAGUACACAGACAAAAACAACUGACACUGUUUUUAUGAGUGCACAUACUAAGUGUGUACCAAAAAAAGCCAUGUUUUCCUUGUUGUUUCUAGUAACUGCUAGAAAACUAGUUAACAAACCCUGUUUGCAACAGAAACCCUGAAAUGAAUAUUUUCAAAAUAUUUAAAUUAAUAUUUUGUCUUCUCUGACUUUAGAAAACAGUUUGUGAAUCUUUUUAUUUUCAACUCUUUGAAUGAACUAUGGAAUGAAAGGUAAAGUGUAUUUUGCUUAUUGCUAAAAUAUGGUGCUUUAUGGUGCCAAAUAUGGGAGAGUGAUUAUUAUAGCUCCUAAAAACACAUUUAUGCACACUGGCCCAGGUGGUGUUCAAUGACCUGAUUUAUUAAAAAGGUCUCAUUGCUUGUUUAAUCAGCCAUGAUGUAACAGAAGAAUACGCAGCUCAGUUUAUUAUUGCUCAUGUAUAUUGGUGUGGCUGCCGAUCACUACUUGCCAGAUAACCUUGAUGCAGCAGAGUGUUAAUAUUCAUGUUUAGGAAGAGGCUUCUGCCAGUUCUGGGUUUUGUUAUUCUACCAUUAUUCAAGAUUACUUGUUCUGAGAAGUCUGAGUUACACCUUACCUAAAAAAAAUCUAUUUUAACCAGCAAAGCACGGCUAAAGCAGGGACAUACUAUACUGUACGUUGGGUUAACAAAGCACUCUGUAGCUACAUUUUUAUAUCAAAGAUGUAGCAUUUUAUGUCCAGGAAAAUUGUCCUAUGCAUUUUAUUAAUUUGGGGGGCACUAUUUUAUUAGUAUGGGGGGCACUGUAAGGUACAGACUGGUAUUGUUUUGUAACAAGUUUGGGAUUGAUAAGCGGGCAUUAUCUGGCUGCUGACUAAGUCAAUUUCUUUAGCUCACUGAGUGCAGUUGCUGUGUUUAAACCCCAACGUCUGCAGAACUGAUGGCUACUAUUGUAAUAUUGCUCUGUUCUAAGAAUGAAAACAUGGUUAGCCUUGUAUGGUUUUUCUCCAUCUCUGCUUGUACUUAUUCCUAAAAGCCGCUUCUGAUUUACGUUUAAUUGAAGAUGCCUUUUAUAGCAGUGGAACAACAUUAUUUACAAUGUUCACUGGCAACUGCACACACAUGUUUUAAUGCAAAGACAAUCAGUCAGUAAAGCUAAGAGGUGGGAAACAAGGUUAAAUGUAACCAUAAAAAUGUAAUAUAUAUAUUUAUAUAGCAAAUGUAAAAAACAAAAAAAAUAUUUAGGUAUCAGUGAUGAAAUGCAUGUGUGAGUUGUUGAUUAAAGAAUGUUGUAUAUUUUGGAUAAAAAUAUGUUUAAAAGGCCAAUGUGAGUAUUUGCUUUUAAGCAUUGAGUUACUCAAAAUAUUCAAAACGCACCAUUAAAAAGCUAUUUUACAAUAUUGAGGAUAAAGGUUUGUAUAUUUUCCAAAGCAGAAGUUAUUUUCUACAGAUAUUUUAUGCAUAUAAUGGGCUCUUCAAUGAGACAAAAACAAUCUUUUCAUGAGGUUUUAGUAUAAGAACAUUAUACAGUGCAGGUACUUGUUAUAUUCAUCAAUAUCUGUUUCCAAUCUUUUUUAGUAUGCCAGAAAAAAUGGGUAUUGUACAAGGCUGUCAAAUAUUGUUGGUUUUCAAAGAAAAAAAAAUUGACAGCUGUGAGGCUUGGGAUUGAGAAUGACAUUAUGAGGAGGCUCCUGAGUGGCGCAUCCAGUAAGGGCGCUCUGCGUGGGUGCAGGAUGCGCCCUAUAGCCUGGACGUCGCCGG